AUGGAAGAUCCCGUUCUUUUAGACAACGUAAACAAUGUAUUGUCAAAAAUAAAUAACACAACUACUAAUAGUGCCAAUGAAGCUGAUGUUUAUCUCAAGUUAAAAAAAUUAGAAAAAGAAUUGGAUUUAUUGUUACUACAAGAAGAAUACAUCAAAGAUGAACAACGUCAUUUAAAACGUGAAUUGGUAAGGGCACAAGAAGAAGUUAAAAGAAUAAAGUCUGUUCCAUUAGUUAUUGGGCAAUUUUUAGAACCAAUCGAUGAAAAUACAGGUAUUGUUUCAUCAACUACCGGAUCAAACUAUGUUGUUAGAAUUUUGUCAACUUUAGAUCGUGAAUUAUUGAAACCAUCAUCUUCAGUGGCAUUACAUCGUCAUUCUAAUGCAUUGGUUGAUAUAUUACCACCAGAAGCCGAUUCAUCUAUUUCUAUUGUUGGUGAAGACCAGAAACCAGAUGUUACAUAUGCUGAUAUUGGUGGUCUAGAUAUGCAAAAACAAGAAAUUAGAGAAGCCGUUGAAUUGCCAUUAACUCAAGGUGAUUUGUACUCUCAAAUUGGUAUUGAACCACCAAGGGGUGUUUUAUUAUAUGGUCCUCCAGGUACUGGUAAGACCAUGUUGGUUAAAGCUGUUGCCAACUCAUCCACCGCUUCUUUUAUCAGAAUCAAUGGGUCAGAAUUUGUUCAAAAAUACUUGGGUGAAGGUCCAAGAAUGGUGAGAGAUGUUUUCAGAUUAGCAAGAGAAAAUUCGCCAGCCAUUAUAUUUAUUGAUGAAAUUGAUGCUAUUGCCACUAAGAGAUUUGAUGCCCAAACUGGUGCAGAUCGUGAAGUUCAAAGAAUCUUGUUGGAAUUAUUGAAUCAAAUGGAUGGUUUUGAUCAGACUUCGAAUGUUAAGGUGAUUAUGGCAACUAAUAGAGCAGAUACUUUGGAUCCUGCUUUAUUAAGACCGGGAAGAUUGGAUAGAAAGAUUGAAUUUCCAUCUUUGAAAGACAGAAGAGAAAGAAGAUUAAUUUUCUCCACCAUUGCAUCCAAAAUGUCAUUGGCUCCAGAAGUUGAUUUGGACUCUUUGAUUAUUAGAAAUGAUCCAUUAUCUGGUGCUGUUAUUGCUGCCAUUAUGCAAGAAGCUGGUUUAAGAGCAGUUAGAAAGAACAGAUAUAUGAUAUUGCAAAGUGAUUUGGAAGAAGCAUACACUUCACAAGUCAAAACUGGUACCGAACACGAUAAAUUUGAUUUCUAUAAAUAA